AAGGUUCUUGCUGCUGCUAAGCUGAUUUGACACAUCAGUUGUUAUUGUCCCAUAGUAUCGCAAGUUCUUGUUCUUUUCUAACAUCCCAAAUAGUACCUUUCUAGCCAUAGUUUUCACCCAGUUCAUUCGAAGGCAAGGAAUGCUACAUAUGCUUGAAUUCUAAUGGCAGAAUCGGUUAGUGCUGCGAUUGUCCAGGAGACAGUUAGCCAAAUCCUAUCUGGUCUUGUUCAAAAAUAUGAGGAGAAAGAGGAAUCAAAUGCGAACAGAAACUUGGAAAGGCUUGAGAUGGCUCACAUCAGGAUGGAGGCUGCUCUUGAGACAUCUGAUAAGUGGCAGAUCACUGAUGCAUCCUUAUUGCGCUGGCGUAAGAAGCUGAAGCGUGCCGCUCAAGAGUGCGAUGACACACUGCACAAAAGCAAGCAGCGAAUCCUAGAAGAAGAACAAAUGAAACGGGAGGUAAAGAAUUCCUCCCUUCCUAACCGUAUUGUGCAUGCUACAAAGUCAUUUGUUUCCUCCAUCCUUAAUCGCAACAAUAAUGAGUUGGGCAGAUUCACUGCUCAAAGAUUUGAGUGGUAUGCAGAAGGCGCUAGUGAAUUUGUGAGAUUCGUAGAGCUUGGUGGCACACCACACCAUCACAUGUCCUUUGACUCCCUUGUCAAGAACCUUUUUGCAGGCAAGAUACUACAUCAUAAAAUUGUUCGGGGAAACAAGUAUCCUUCCUGUCAACUAUUGUUGAUGCCUAUCCAUACUUCAAUGGAUGGAACAAAUGUUGGCUUGACAUUUGUCCAGUAUGAUGGUACACCAGAGGGUCAUAUAUACUUUAGUUUGGACGUACAGCUCUCAGAGAGUACAGAUAUAUUUGGUAUUGCACUUAAGUGCUUGCAGUUUUUUGCCCCUCAUUUCAAGUGUAAUUUUGAAAGUAUAAGGAAUGAGCUUACUCAGCUGCCCACUCAAGACUUCUCAUGGGGGCCGUCUAUUUACUACCAUAAGGAACACAUGGACAAAUUCGAAAGCUUCUUGUUGCAGUGGGCCCGGCCAAACCCAUUUUGUUGCAAGCAGCAUGGUCACCAUGAGGUUCAACGCUUUAGCAACCUACAAAUGGCAGGAUUAUCUGAAGUUUUGCUAGAACCAGUAAUUCAUUUUAAUUUGCAUUGUCAAGUCUCUAUGCCUGUUUAUAGCAAACAGAAGACAUCACUGUCUGAAGACUUAAUUUCUCUGCAAGAUUAUCCAUAUCUGAAAACUGGUAUCUCCUUUGCGCCCCAUGGCUGUUUGGAGGACAUGCUGCCAGCAAAUAGGAAUUCUGAAAUAACUGCCAUAGUCUGUAAGGAGCAACAUUGCUUGCAUACAGACAUUACCCUGGAACAGCUGGAAGACAUUAUGCUGCCAAAGGCAAUAAAUUACUUUCACCAGAAUGCCGAAGCGAUGGUUUACCAAAUGAUUUGGAAGUCUAAACAUGGCUUUGCACAUAUUCAGGUUGAGAAGCCAUGCAUGAGCACACGGAGAUCAAGCAUGAGAACACAAAGAACUUUGGGGGAAGCUACUAAAAGAAAGCUAUUGCAAGGAUAUGAUGAGGAGCUUAUCAGGAAUCGGAUACGUACCUGUCACUCACUCGACUUAUGGGUUACACAUGCUCCUAUCAGGUUGCGAAGGUCCAUUAUGAACUGGAAGCAGAAAGAAAAGGAAAUUCUAUUGGCAGCACCACAGCUACACCUGAAAUUCUAAACCAUGUAACUUAGAUGGAUAAGGGAAACAAGAGAAGAAUAAAGAAAUCAAAAUGGAAUGCCAUAGGGAAGAAAUCAAAUAUUAGUGUGUUAAUAUCCACAAGUCACAACCUAGGACAAAAUCUGUCAGAAACACAGACAUCCUCGGGGAUAGGAUUCGGGUCAAAUGCUCCAAAUACAGAAGUAAGAGGAGCAAAGCUAUAGCAUAGUUAGAAAUUAGUGGAGAGAUGUCUACCGUACCACAACAACAGCUGGGCCUUGAAGUCCUAUGUUCUUAUUAGGAACUUGUGCAGCUGUAGCACGUCACUUGUUCUUAGUUUCAAUUUGUGUGUCUUCCAUGUAUGAUGUUGUUUGGUUCUCACUAGCUGAGAAUAGGGGUAGGGAUUACUCAAUUACAUAGGAAAUCAGAAUCUAGUGUGCAUUUGUAUGCGUAGACUUACAAGUAUACCAUCAUCACUUGUUCUUAUUUUCUAUUUAAAUUUCGAGUGUGUGGCUACUUUA